UCGUCGUCUUGUCAAAAUCUCAAUAUGGCUUCUUCUGACAAUUGUAAAGUUGUCAGAUGUUACUGAAAAACAGUGAAAAUUUCGUCAAAUUUGGUAAUUUUCGCGACAGUGGGCAGUGUUUUCGACCGUUUCCUUUCGUGUCACCCUCCAGAGUCCUCAAAAUCCGUCGUCUCGUCGUGAAAAGGUUGCCUCACCUCGCACACCUGAGGAAUGUAAAUUUUUUGUUGUUUACCAACGGGAACUAAAAUGUUUUGUGUGAACUUACGAAUCUGCUAACGGGAAGCAGAUAUCGAGGACUGUUCCAUAUCCCGAAUUCGAUUAGUGGAUUUUUUGGAUUCCGAGGACCGACUUGGACCUCCCAGAAACAGUUGUUUUUGUGAAAGGCCAUCGAACUGCCUACCUUCAGAAAUGGCCUUUAAUGAGGGUACGAAGCUGUGGAUCAUCAUGGAAUAUCUGGGCGGGGGAUCGGCGCUGGAUCUGAUGAAAGCCGGGAAUUUCGAAGAGAUGCACAUCGCAAUCAUCCUCAGGGAGGUUCUGAAGGGUCUGGACUAUUUGCAUAGCGAGAGAAAGUUGCACAGAGACAUCAAAGCUGCUAACGUGCUCCUGAGCGAGAUGGGUGAUGUCAAACUCGCUGAUUUUGGUGUCGCUGGUCAACUAACCAAUACGACGAGUAAGAGAAACACUUUUGUCGGCACCCCUUUCUGGAUGGCACCCGAAGUUAUCAAACAGUCAGCGUACGACUCCAAAGCGGACAUAUGGAGCUUGGGGAUCACUGCCAUCGAACUGGCCAAGGGCGAACCACCCAAUUCAGAACUACAUCCCAUGCGGGUCCUCUUUCUGAUUCCUAAAAACAAUCCUCCGCAACUGACCGGCAGCUACAGCAAACAGUUCAAGGAUUUCGUGGAGGCUUGCUUGAACAAGGAUCCCGAAAACAGGCCCACUGCUAAAGAACUCCUGAAGUAUCCAUUCAUAAGGAAGGCCAAGAAAAACUCUUAUCUGAUAGACUUGAUUGAUAGAUACAAGAAGUGGAGGUGUACGAGGAACGAGGAGAGCGAAACUGAAUCCGAAAACUCAGAUUCGGAAGAAGCAAAACAAGACGGCGACUUGGACGAUCCUUGGAUAAUGACUGUGAAAGGCAACAUGAAACUACCGUUGGAGGACAUGCCCUCAAUGAACCCCAUCAUCAACAGGGCCCAAAACGGUUCAGCGGGGCCAACGCUGGGCAAGUCGCCACCCAAGGACUCCAAUCUCAAUCACUAUAGGUCAGACAAAGCAACGCCUUCUUCCAAAUCUUCGUCGGUCGCCCAAACUCAGUUGGACAACAGAAAAGACAAGGACCGGGAUCGAGAAAAGGAUUCCGAACGGGAAAGGGAACGAGAUAGGGAUCGAGAUAGAGACAGGGAUCGCGAACGCGAAGUUAAAGAAAAAGAGAAGAGGAUUUCGCGCGAGUUGAGUCCGCUGGACCAUCGAGGAGCGAGCGAAUCCGCCAGGACGGCGGAUAAGAAACAGAACAGGAAGUCGAUGUCUAGGGAGCAUUCGUACAGCGGGAAAAUUGAAAGUCGAUCGCCUCCGGCGCUUGGAGGGUUUAUUUAUCCAAUAAUAACAGAGUUACAGAAAAAACACCAGUACAACGGAAGAUCGGCGGAAGCGUCGCACAAAUCUAACGACGCCAUCGAGGAUUUGGAGAGCGCGUUCGAAAUAGCAGAGAGGACGAGUCCCGGCAUCAGCGAGAUGUUCAUCUGCGAGCUGGUACAGAAACUGGCGCCAUCCAUCACGGAACAGAGGCUCAAAGGGGUGUUGGAUAAGGUGGUGAGGGAUACUCUGUAGAUAUAUAGAAGGAGGUGGCCGGCACGGAUAGUCCGUCGAUUAAAUAUAACAAAACACUUUUUCUCCUACCGUUUCUCUUCGGAUCGUUACUAUUUACCGAUACAUGACAAUAUCGUAUAUCUCUUGAGCUUAUUACUGGUAAAUUUAAGUGAGCAUUGACACACCCACACACAAAACACACACCUAGGGUUAAACUGAUGCAAAUACAUGCCGUUUCACCGUUUCGGAAAGGGCGUUCAGUUCUUGGCUUGGAGAUUGAGAUCGCCCCACGUAGAUAUUUCGAGUUUUCCUUAUACAGAUUUUAUUGUUGACCACUGGUUAUUUUUUAAAUAAAUAAGUUGGAA